AGGAAUCCUAACCAUCCCGCAUCUCUUUUUGGCACCUUGUCAUGUGCAUAUAUAGUCAGGCAAUCAGUUAAUGAUGGCGACCGACAGGCAAAUCACACUCACGGCCAAGUGCCUCUGCGCUGCCAACACCUUCAAGGCCAAAACACCUGCCGACUCCCUUCCACUCGGCGCCGGGUGCUGCCACUGCGACUCGUGCCGCCGCCUGACGGGCAACUUCUACAGCGUCUGCGCGCCUUGGCCCGUCGAGCCCGACCUUUCCGGCCUGCGCCAAUACAGCAUGUCACCCCGCAUCUCCACCUUUUCGUGCGACAAGUGCGGCAGUACGCUAUUCUGCCGGGUCGUGGGCCUGGAAUGGAUCUACGUCAUCCUGGGGGCUGUGGACGCCGACGACCGCGCUGCCGCGGUGGCCAAGUACGGGUACCACAUGUGGGUCGGCGACACGCUGGAUGGCGGGGCCUCGGGAUGGAUAGAGAGGAAUGCCGAGGGUGGAGAGGGGAUCAAGCGCUGGAGGGAGCAGCGAGGAGAGGAGUUGGAGAGAGGCUGGGGAUGGGAUUUUGCGGCCGCGCAGAAGACGGGCUCCGCGGCGCCGGCAAAGACCCCGAUCGGGUGUCACUGCGGAGGCGUGGCGCUUGUGCUGAGGAGCGCGGCGGACCUGAAAGACGAGCGCGGGCCCGUGCCCGAGUGCGUCCAGCCCGGGACUUUUCGAUACCGGGCCGGCCUGUGCGCAUGCGACUCGUGCAGGCGGGCUUCGGGUGCCGAAGUGACGCCGUGGGCGACGGUUCCCCUGUCACACAUUGAGACCACCGGCGGGGCGGCUUUCCCGGCGACGAUUCAUGGUCUCAAGGAUGCGGUUGACAAGGCGCAGCUCGGAAGCCUGACGUAUUUCAAGAGCUCGGAGAAUGCAGAGCGGUACAGGUGUGGUGUCUGCUCCGCUGGGGUGUUUUGGGCGGUGCACGACCAGCCUGAUAGCGUCUGCGUUGCCGUGGGUGUGCUACAGGGUGACGGUGGUGCUAGGAAAGAGGGGUUGCUGGCAUGGGAUUUUAAAAGGGGUGUCUUGUUCAAGGAAGACGUUGCAGGGACGUGGAGGGAGGGUUUUGUAGAUGCGCUUGAGCAGAGUGAGGAAUGGCAGAAGUGGGUUGCUGAAGAGAGCUAGUUUUGGAGAACUGUAUUUGCAGAGCGCCGGCUGAUAUCUAGGUCUAAAUGACAUGUGUGUUCGUUCCUUUGA